GUGGCAAUAAUUGAGUGUAUAAAUUGUGUAUAAACCUCAGUGUAUGAAACUAUUUAUAGUUAAAUAAGAAAAACAUUGCAGUAUAUUAAUCGACAUUUUAUUUAUUAAACAAAAGGUAUACAAAUUCAAUUUCUAUGUUCAUACUCUAAUUUCCACUACGCCAGUGUAUGAGGUUUUUAUUAUUUUUGUUUCUUUCGAGUCCCACCAGUAAACAACACGUGUGCCACCACCACACACGCCUUAAGUUGGCCCUGAGCAUUUGACAUAUCAUAUAGGCUGUUAAUUAUUUUAAUUGCAAUGUACUAAUGACAAUGAAUAAACGGUGAAAAGUUUUCUAGUGAAUACAGCUAAAUAAUUUCCUUCAAUAAAACUUUUAUUUCUACAAUUACCAGGAAGUUUUAGUAUAUCAGUUGCCAAGUAGUACCAAGACAAUCAACGUAAUUGCAAAAGAAAAGGAAAAAACUCAAAGAUUUAUCCGAAAUGAGAAUGAGACUUAAAAUGCAGAAAUCAAAAAGGGAUUCAUCUCCUCUACCUGAAUUAGUUAAACGCGAACAACCUAUAUAUUGCAAUGAAUGCGAUAAACAUUUUGAUUACGAUGUCGAUUUUGCUAUACAUUCUAUUAAACAUAGUUCGGAUAAUAAAUAUAGAUGUCAUUUAUGUUCGAAUUAUAAAAAUAUAAGGAGAGAUCGGAUGGAAAUACACAUUAGACGUCACGAUAAUCCGAAAAAACGUGGUCGCCCUGCAACUGGACGAAAACCAAAAAUUAGAAAGCGAGACUUGAACGGAAAAGAUUAUAAAAAACUUCCGUUACCAGAUCCAGUGAAAUUAGAAGAACCUAUCAAAUGUAAAGAAUGCGAUCAGUACUUCAAUACUAACUUGGAGUUUGCUCUGCAUUCUAUAGAGCACAGUAAAGAAUCCAAAUAUUCAUGUCACUUAUGCCGCUUCACUAAUCUACGUAAAGACCGUUUCGAAAUCCACGUUAGGUUGCACGAAGGUAGUACCAAGUAUAAAUGCGAGAUAUGUCAAAAGGCGUUUAGGUGCGGUAGUCACGCCGAUGAACACAGGAAUUUCCAUACCGGUGAAAAGCCUUUUCAGUGCGAAAUUUGCGGUAAACAUUUUAUGUACUCUAGAGGACUUGCGAAUCAUCGCAUCAAAACUCAUUCUCAAAUAUUAACCGGAAAACCGAGGGAGAAAUUCCGCUGCGAAUAUUGUGAGAAGGAAUUCGAAUCAUCUACGGGUCUUACCAGUCAUACCAAUAUCAAACACAAAAAUAUACAACCAGAUCUCUCUGUUAUAUGCGAGAUAUGUGGUAAAAAAAUAUCUUGUAUGGGUAGGUUGAAAUAUCAUCUCAGAGUACACAGCGGAGAUAAACCGUACGCGUGUCUGGUGUGUCCUAAAAGGUUCGCCAUGAGGGAUCUCCUCAUUGAACAUUCUAGAGUGCAUACCGGAGAAAAACCGUAUGUUUGCAAAUAUUGCGGUAAGACGUUCGGUCAAAGGUCGCCUUAUAGAUACCAUAUCAAAACUCAUACUGGAGAAAAGAAUUAUAUUUGUCCUCUAUGUAAUAAAGGUUUCAUUUCCAACGCGGGAAUGAAAAGCCAUGUAAGAAAUUGCUUUAAACCUUAGAUAACAUAUUUAGUUUUGGAUGCUUAUGAAAAACGUUUUAGUUUAUUUAUCAGUUAAUAGAAUUUUUUCAAGUUUUACUCUCACUUACACAAAUUGAUCUUCAAUAUAACGUAACUAACAGGAAAUAUUAUACAUUCUAUACUCUUCUACUAAUAGUAACAUUGAGUCUCAGUGUAUAUAUUAUUAUAUUACAAAUAGAGUAAGCAUGCCUAUAGUUGAAAGCGUCUUGCAAACAAAUACUAAAAUGCAACAAUUAUCGUGGGAUAUAGAAAAAUAAGAAAUCUGAUUAGAACAGGAAUAUACUAAUUACAAAGAAGAACAGAGUGGGUUUAGAGCUGGAAGGUUCUGUAUAGACAACGCAGUUGAUAGAGAAGAAAAGAAAAGGACAUAGACCAGUACGCCUAAUAUUUAUAGAUUUAUAAAAGGCUUACGAUAACACACCAACAUUAACUAUACUCUUUUAAAAGCCAUCCAGAAUUUAUAUAAGGAUAUGAAGUCCGCACAAUCGAAAAUAAAGUAUCGGUAUUCUUCACAGUCAACACUUUUCAAAAUAUCUGUUUCAGAAACUUGGAAGAAUAAAUGGAAAUCCAAAUCGACGUUAACACCUGUUUAUACACCCUCAAAUUUGCAGAUUAUCAGGUAAAAUGUGCAAACUACAGAGAAUAGAAAACAACGAAAUAAUAAAAACUAUAAAUAUAUAGGACUUAUUGUUGAUAAGGACAGAUUAUAAAAAAAAUUGGAAUAAACAGAUCAAGAACAAUAGUUAAAUCACUAAAUGGAAUAACAAAAUAGGAAAACACCAAAAACCUAGGAUCCACAAUGCAGGAUUAGAAGUCUGUUGCUAUAUGGAUCGGAAACGUGGACAGAUAGCUAGAAAAAAAAAUAGAAGCCAUGCAAUGGACGCCUUUAGAAGAGCAAAUAUAAUGUCAAGGUUAGAUAAAAUCAGAAACGCACAAUAAAACAGCAAAUAAACCUAAAGAAAAUUAUAGAAUAUAUUGAGGAAAAACAUUUGAUUUGGUAUAGGAAGAAAGGAAGACCAUUGAGUGUAAGAAAACUGAAGGAAAAGACUGCAACAACAGGAAAGAGUGGUAAUGUGGCAUCUGACAACGUUGUAGGACGUUUUGAACCCGAAUUCUAUAUAUAAAUUUAAUUGUGCAAUGUAAAUAAAUUGAAAACUAUUAAACAGUUGCUGGUAAAUUUGUCUAUCUACUGCUUUCUCUUUCGUAAAGAACAACAAUACAUAAAUCAAGCUCUUUUCCUUUCCGAAGCCAUGCUUGCUCACUCUAUCUGUAAUAUCAACUCAUUACACUUCUCCAUACAUAAAAACUGUCAAACCAAUGAUUCAAUUUCUCCCUUUCAAUGGAAUAUUUCCCAGAAAAUAAUCAACUUUUCUUCGAAGCAAUUUUACAUAUUUUUAGUAGCGAUUCUACAAAAGGUACACUUUGGUGCCAAGUCAAGACUGUAGAGUAGAUUGACAAUACCACUACUUAAGGGAUCUCGGAUUUUUUAAUGCCCCAAUUAACUGUACCAAAUAAAUGUCGGUAUACCAGAAAACUGUAACUUUUUACCUAGCAACUCUGACCGUUUAUUCUUCUUCCUACUUGAUUUUGAUGAUCAACUUCCUGGGGUUUGCACAGGAAGUUUUGUAACAUUUAAAUGUUUCGAUAUAAUUCUCCCAAUUCUUCAGUAAAGCAUCUGCUAACACCUUAUAAGUGAUUCUUCAACUCUCAAGUUCGAUGUUUUUUGUUAGUGUCAACUUUUAUCGUUCCACCUUAACGAGAAUCGUUUUCUAAAUUAAAUAACCCAGACAACUUUUGUUAUGUAUAAUGUAUUGUUUAAAUUAUCAAAAAUUAGAUGUGUGGUUGAUCAAUUUGUCGUUUUCAAUUCGAACUUUGAUUUUUACGCUAGCAAUUUAUCCGACCAUUAAUAUAGAAUUUGUAUCUCGAUAUAUUGUCUAUUCAAUAACGAAAAAUGAUAUGUAAGAAUAUAUAGCAUCCAUGUAAGUUCCCAUUAGAUAUUAGAAAUAGGUAAUUAAAAAAUCGAUCGUUUUUUAUUAAUUUAGGAGUAAGUGAAUUUGGUUAUCUAAUCUAGGUACAGUUACUGAAUUUAUAUUUUGUUUAUAAAAUAAGAAAUAGAAGUAUAUAUUUUGUUUAUAAAUAGGAAUCCUUGAAUUUGAAGGAAUCCGAAGCAGUACUUAAUCACAUGAUUUUUCAUGUUUUUCAUUCACCAAUCCGCUAGAAUUAUGUGCCAUACCCACUUAUUCGUCUGUGGAUUUUAAUCUUGAACUUUGUAGAUUGUGGUGUUUGGGAAAGAUGUGCCUUGGUAGGUGAUUACAGUUUUCCAAAUUGACGUUGGUGGUCAUGAACCACGUGUGCCUGUCGAGUAGGUUUGCAAAUACCAUUACGUAGGAUUAUAUUGGACAGCUCAGAAGAGCCUCUUCCGUGAUAGUAGCUCAGCAACCUUUCUUCCAUGAUCUAAGCUCUCCAAGUUUCUGGUCAACUCUAGGUCCCCUAUAAGUCUCUUCUGUAUUGAGUAGAGUAUUCUAAGGGUAUGCUUGGGAGUCGAGCUCUGAAUGUGCAAGAUAUACUACAAAAAUGGACGAAUAUCGGCAUUGAAAAGCUGUUGCGGGGUAUAUAGCUUUUUGCUAAUUCCGGAAACUAUCUACAAGGACAUGGAAACUGGAUAUCUUAUGUUAAAUGCAAUAGAAAGAAUCAGUCGAGAAGUACCUGCACGUAUAGAUAGGCGUUUUUCCUAAAUAUAUCAAACUCUAACCUAUCAAUAUUCCUUAUUACGAAGUUAUCUAAAAAUGGAAUCUGUUCAGUGUAUUCAGUAUGAAUAUCACCAGCUCCAGAAAGUCUGUUAUAAAAAGAAGAUUUGGUAUUGCCAUUUUGAGUUCAUUAUCAGAUUUUUGUAUACAAUAUUUUAACUUUCUUUUUCAUAUACUUUUUCUGACAAAAUGAUAUUGCACCAAAAAAACAGUCUCUAGAUCGUCUUAUUGGGGUGGAUCAAUCCCCAUAAUCUAUCUGUACACAUCAGUUUCUAACAUAACUCCCUGGACUUGGAUGUUUUCACAUCUUCGCCACUAGGGCUCGUCAGUUAUUUCUCGAUUCGUUUUAAUCCUAUAUUCCUCUUGACUAAUUUUUACCAGGUCCAUUAUUGGUUUUGAGGUAUACUCAUAGAAAAUACGAGGCUGGUUCAAAUAUUAUUAUUAAGCUACAGAGCUGAAAUUUAUUACAGUUUUUCCCCACAGUAUCUGUCUCAUUACAUCUCUCCGGAAGCAUUCGGAUGUCUUUUUCGUAAAAAUCUCUUGGCAUUAAGGAUUCUACUUCCGCAUUGCUUUGGAGUCUCCGUCCGUCAAUUGCCUCUUUCAAUGGACCAAAUAAAAUGCGCCGUGUAUGCGGUCUGGCGUUGUCUCGCAGCAAUAUCGCACUACGGAUUGGAAUAUCAUGUCGUUUUGAUCUGUAGACAGGUUUACCAUCUUAUCUAGGAAGUUAAUAUAAUACUGCGCGUUCACAGUUUCGUCUGUGGUGAAUAUUCGGUGCAAUUAAUUUUCUCCUUCCUCUUCAUACCGCUGCAGGAGAUGUGUGUGAACUUCCCAGUGUAAAUUUCGGCUCAAAAUUCAAAAGUCUUAUCGCUAGGGCUGGGCAAUUAUCAAAAAAUAUAAUCGAUUAUAUAAAAUAAUCGAUUAUUUUCGAUUAAUCGAACAAUCGGAAAUAGUCGAUCAAUCCAAAAUAAUCGAUAAAUCGGUAAUAAUCAAUUAAUCGAAAAUAUUCAAUUUUCGAUUAUUCGAAAAUAGGAAAUAAAGCUUCAAAAGAACGAUUGUGGUUUGAUUCCUACAAAAAAUAAGAUAAAGGGCGAGUAUACCACUAGGAACAUACAGAAGACAUUAUGGUUUGAUUCCCAAAAAAAAAACAAACCAAAUAAUGAACCUACAGAAGAUAUUUGGAAGUAAGAUUCUGAUAUUGAAUUAUGUUGAAAUAAUUAUUCAGAAAAUACAUUUUUUAAUCGUUUAAUUGAUUAUUACAUUAUUUGAUUAUUUUAACGAUUGUAUGAAAAAUAGUGUAUGCCAUAGCCGCGAAGCUUUUUAACGACCUCAAGAUUAUCUUGCCUCGGCCGCAAGCGGUCUCGGCGAUAAUCGUUUUUUCGGUACGUUAAAAAGGUAUUUCAUGGCCUAAGCAUACAAAUAACUAUUUUAGUCUUUUACUUUGUAAUAAAGCCGCUUAAAAACUCUCUUUUAAAUUCAAUUAAACCAAAACCAUUACGCAUUUUUGAGAAUGAAAAUAGGCAAGAAACAUUGUAUUUUAUAAAACCAAAUUCUCAUAGGAUGUUGUCCACAAGCUCCACCUUACACAACAAUCUCUCGCCGACAUCGACACCUAUAUUAAAUAAAAUAAAAAACUUGAAAGACGCGGGCCGCUGGACACUAUGUGACAUCAAAUAAAAUAAUGAUAUUUUCUAUUGUUUUUUAAGGUAAAUGCCAUUUGUAAAGAGCUUUUUAAGAAUAAUUUUUGUAUCUAGUUAACUAAAUAAGUUUAAAUGUUAUUUGUAUUUGGUUCAAGCGAUUAAUUAAAAGGGAGUGUGCUCUUAGUUAAUUUUAUGUAAUUGAUUAAUAUAAUCAAUAAUUGUGAUCCAUUUAAUACAAUGCGGGCCAAAGAGAUCGAAAAAUCAAAACAAAUAUUUAUUUAUUACGGCAGCUAUAAAGUUGAAAAAUAACAUUAUGAUUUGACUCCCACCCAAAUUAAACAAACAAAUAUUUCUUAUUAUUCAUUUCUCAGAGAGUGGAUUUUAUUCUUAAUAGGUAAGUUUCUGCAAAGAAAAAAAAAGAAGUUGCCGAUGUCAAGUUUUGGAUCCAGUAUACGUACAGAACAGAAUAUUGAGUUACAGGUUACAGGAACACAAAAAAGUACAAAAGUGGGAAAAUCAUGAAAAAUAAUCAAUCUUCGAUAAAUUGAUUAUUUUCGAUUAAUCGAGUAUUUCCGAUUAAUCGAUUAUUUUUCGAUUAUUUUCAAUUAAUCGAUUACCGAUUAUUUUUAAAAAUAUAUAUCGAUUAAUCGAUCACCCGAUUAAUCGAUUAUUUUUCGAUUAAUCAAUUAUUUUACCCACCCCUACUUAUCGUGUACAGUACUGCGUGAGUCUCCCAAAAUUAUUCUCUACUGACUAUAAGUACAGUAAAAAGCAAAGUUAUGCAGUCUAGGCUGUUCUCUAUGCGAUAAUUGAAAGAUAUGUCUGGCUAUUUUACAUUGUACAUUUAUGUUUUAAACAAAAAUCCAAAUUUUAACAACUUAGGUCAUAUUAUGGAAACACUGUAUAAUCACCAUGUGAAUACUUUUAAUUUAAUUGUAAAUUUUAGCUCAAAAAUUUUUGAAAUAAUUGUGUUGUAGUAAUUCAUAGCUAAUUGUAAAAUUUUAAAUUGGCUGUGAAAUGAAUGAAUGAAUUCAGUAACCUAUUGCUAGUAAUCGUACUAGUAGUUUUAUUAUAUGAAUGGAAUUUUAUGUAUACACUUUAUUUUUACCAUCAAAAUAACUUGAAACAAAUACUAAGAACUUGUAGAACAUGUGAAAAACACCUAGAUAUUAAUAACAAUGUAGAAUCACUUUUUAACUAAACAUUUUUUUAUAAUAUAUUUUUUGUGAUUUCUAUUACCUAUAUAUUGAUUUUUUUAUGAUGAAUUGGUGAAAUAGAAUUUUA